GACUUUGACGAUGGGAUGCUGGAGGACUGGCGCUCUCUGGCCAGUAAGAAGCGCCGCGGCGGGGAGUCGCAGGACGGCAGAGUGAAGGCGCUGCUGGUGGCCGCGUACUCUCUCAUCAUUGUCAUCUCCCUGUUCGGAAACACUCUGGUGUGCCAUGUGGUGGUGAAAAACAAGCGCACCCUGUCCGCAACAAGCUUGUUUAUUAUGAACCUCGCUGUGGCAGAUAUAUUCAUCACUGUCCUCAACACGCCCUUCACCCUGGUCCGGUUUGUGAACAGCACCUGGGUGUUUGGGAGAACAAUGUGUCACAUCAGUCGCUUUGUGCAGUACUGCUCCCUGCACGUCUCCACCCUCACACUCACUGCCAUCGCACUGGACCGUCGACAGGUGAUUUUGCACCCUUUGAGACCUCGAAUGUCUCCAGCACAAGGCGGUGUUUGGGUCGCUGUUAUCUGGAUAAUGGCGAGCUGCUUCUCCCUCCCUCAUGCAAUCUACCAAAAACUCCUGACUUUUACAUACAGUAAUGAGAAGGAACGCAGCCUGUGUGUCCCAGACUUUCCAGAGCCAUCAGACAUCUACUGGCAGUAUAUCGACCUCCUGACCUUUAUAUUACUUUACAUGCUACCGCUCCUCAUCAUCACUGCCUCCUACACCACAGUGGCCUGCCGACUGUGGCGCCACAACGCCAUCGGUGACACCACAACAGCUCAGCACGCCGCCCAGAGAAGAAAGCGGCGGCGGACGUUAGCCAUGCUGCUCCUGGUGGUUGGGGUGUUCGCCGUCUGCUGGUUCCCGCUCAACUGCUACGUGGUGCUGCUCUCCAGCCAGGCCAUCCACUCCUCCAAUGCUUUGUACUUCUGCUUUCACUGGCUGGCUAUGAGCUCCACCUGCUACAACCCUUUCAUCUACUGCUGUCUGAACCCCACCUUUCGCCAGGAGCUGAGGCUCCUCUUCGACAUGUGCAGGAGGAAACAGAGGGCGGUGGUUGGGUUGGAGCCCGAGCUCCGCCCUGUAGCUGCUCCUUGUCACAGGACUGCCUGGCCUGACAACCACGAGUCCUCAAGGCCGAGGCUUGCUUUGUCACACUCGAGCCAGGCCUCCUCACAGCCGAGUCACGCCUCCUCCAGUCAGUCCCACAACCUUAAAGACACACAUGUGCUCUUUACCGCCAGGCAGGUCCUCACAGGAAGAACUGACAUCCUCUCUGUGGAGCCCAUUGUGGCGGUGAGCUGACUGAAAACAGCUGCCUCAUUGUGAUGGGAUUAUGUUGUAUGAAUUUCUUAAUCCUAUUUUAGGAUUUCAUCAUGUUGUAAAAAAGGACAGGAUGUCUUUAAGAUGUCUGUGAGUUGAGCUGGCAGCUGAGUGAGAGGACUAUUUCCAAGUGAAGAAACUGUCAUGAUGUUUUUCAAUCAGGAACUCUAAUCAUCAAAUGGAUUUCCUGUCAUUCAGCCUUUUCUCUUUCCUCACUGCUUUUCACUCAAUUUUGGCCCCCUGCCCUUAAGAUAUUAGCAGCUGAUCUGGCGUUUGGGAUAAUUCCAUGCACUUUAAGGACUUCUCCUUUCAUACUGAGAGUUGAGAUUAAAGGUUAAUUUUUGAUCUUGGAAACAGCAACUGCCAAAUCAACAAAAGGUCCAUUCAGAAGACUUUCCAGAGAUGACCAUUUCCAAGUUCUCUUCAUAUUGUUGCAGCAUUAGCUGCUCCAUACCAGUCGAUAGAAACGGACCUUAAUUCACACGCCUUUUUUGUGACUUGCAGCAAAAGUUUGCUUAAACAUCACUUGGCAAUUGAAUGGGAUAAAAAAAAUAAUGAAACUAUGAUAAACAUGCAAAGGAUCCAAUGUGAUGCUGAGCUGAUCCAUCUUGUCGACUCCUUUCGUUUUAAUUAUUGAUAUUGUAUUCUUAUGAAGGGAAAAAAACUACUUUAUUUAAUGUAAAUCUUUUGUCUAAAAAAUAUCUGAAAUCUAUACUGAUGCUCUGAUGUGAGUGUCAGAUCUAUCUGUAUCAUCACCCAAAAACUCUCUUAUAUUGUGAAAGAAAAGUUAUCAGUAAGCUGUGACAGGAUUGGCUCAUAAAGUAUUUGCUUUUACAACUUUACCCUUUCUGCCUACGCAGUGAGAGUCUCAGCAAAUGUAUGAAAGUGUUGAGAAUAACAUUAUGUUCACAUUGAUCCACAGGCCUGCAAAUCCGUCUUGCUGUGCAUAGCCAGAGGGUUUAUUAAGUAUGCACAUCAAAAAAAUAACACAGCCUGCGGCAAAAAACGACAAGUGUUCUCACGUUGUGAAUCACAUUAACAAACCACCUCAUGAUGCAGAAUAAAAUUUUGCAGCUGUAUCAUUGCUUACAGGUCAUUUAACAUUGCUAAAGUGGUGUUUGUUUUUGUUCACUUUCUUCAUUU